AUUCAUCCAGCAGCUAUUGUUUCCGCUGUUAUCUUGUUACAUUUUCUUUGCGCAGUUUUAUUCUUUUAACGCUCCUCAGUUUCCUCCUCAGUCCGGGUGGAUGAGCACGCGCGCUGCUCUCUCGCCCACUGCGUGUGACGUCAAACCAGCAUGGCGGUCAAGGUGCAAUCUACCAAACGUGGGGACCCAACUGAGCUGAAGGCAAUUUUCCAGAAGUAUGCCAGCAUAGUGGACAAGGAUGGCGAGAGGUUCAUGACCCCUGGAGACUUUGUCCAGAACUAUCUGGGACUCCACACUCAGAUUCUCCACAACCCUAAAACGGUCCAGCUCAUCGCAGCUGUAGCAGACACCACAAAGGACGGGCUGAUCUCAUUCCAGGAGUUUCUUGCAUUUGAAUCAGUCCUGUGUGCACCAGACGCCCUCUUCAUAGUCGCCUUUCAGCUGUUUGAUAAGACUGGAACCGGCACCGUUUCAUUUGAGAAUGCACGAGACAUCUUUAGCCAAACCACCGUUCACCACCACAUCCCCUUCAACUGGGACUGUGAGUUCAUCCGCCUUCACUUUGGCAACGACCGCCAGAAACAGCUCAGCUACUUGGAGUUCACCCAGUUCCUGCAGGAACUGCAGUUGGAGCAUGCCCGCCAGGCCUUUGCCCAGAAGGACAAAGAGAAGAAUGGUGCCAUCUCUGCGCUCGACUUCAGUGACAUUAUGUCCACGAUCAGACACCACAUGCUUACACCCUUCGUGGAGGAGAAUCUUGUCUCAGCUGCAGGGGGCAGCACCGCUCACAUGGUCAGCUUCUCCUACUUUAAUGCCUUCAACUCCCUCCUGAACAAUAUGGAGCUGAUCCGUAAGAUCUACAGCACGCUGGCCGGGACACGGAAGGACACGCAAGUGACUAAAGAGGAGUUCGUCCAUGCCGCCAACAAGUUUGGUCAGAUUACUCCUAUGGAAAUUGACAUCUUGUACCAGUUAUCAGGACUUCACUCUCCAUCUGGACGUCUGGAACUUGCUGACAUUGAAAGGAUAGCUCCACUAGAGGAGGGAAGUCUGCCCUAUAACCUAGUUGAAACCCAAAAACAGUCUCACAUGGACACUUCCAGGCCUGUGUGGCUCCAAGUUGCAGAGUCGGCUUAUAGGUUCACCCUGGGCUCUAUUGCUGGAGCCACUGGAGCUACAGCAGUGUAUCCCAUUGACUUGGUGAAGACCCGUAUGCAGAACCAGAGGUCCACAGGAUCAUUUGUUGGAGAGCUGAUGUACAAAAACAGCUUUGAUUGUGCAAAGAAGGUGCUGCGCUAUGAAGGCUUCUUUGGCUUCUACAGAGGUCUGGUUCCUCAGCUCAUUGGUGUGGCUCCUGAGAAGGCUAUCAAACUCACUGUGAAUGACUUCGUAAGAGACAAGUUCACUGAAAAGGACGACUCCAUUCCUUUAUUUGCUGAGAUUCUUGCUGGUGGUUGUGCUGGAGGCUCUCAGGUAAUCUUUACCAACCCUCUGGAGAUCGUGAAGAUUCGCUUGCAGGUAGCAGGCGAGAUCACCACGGGGCCUCGAGUCAGUGCUUUGAGUGUGGUCCGUGACCUUGGCUUCUUCGGCCUUUAUAAGGGUGCUAAAGCUUGCUUCCUAAGGGACAUUCCCUUCUCCGCCAUCUACUUUCCUGCUUACGCUCACCUCAAGACUCAAUUCGCUGAUGAACAAGGCAGACUAGGACCUUUACAGCUUCUUACUGCUGGAGCAAUUGCAGGCAUCCCUGCUGCAUCCCUGGUUACACCUGCUGAUGUUAUCAAGACGCGUCUGCAAGUUGCAGCACGAGCAGGACAGACCACCUACACGGGAGUUGUUGAUUGCUUCAGAAAGAUCAUGAGGGAGGAAGGGUUCAGCGCUUUGUGGAAAGGAGCUGGGGCUCGUAUGUGUCGGUCCUCCCCUCAGUUCGGUGUGACUUUGGUGACUUACGAACUGUUGCAGCGAUGGUUCUACAUUGAUUUUGGUGGACAUCGUCCAGCAGGAUCUGAACCGACUCCCAAGUCACGCAUUUCAGAGCUUCCUCCCAUCCAUGCAGAGCAUGUCGGCGGCUACCGCCUGGCUGCAGCUACAUUUGCCGGAGUGGAAAACAAAUUCGGUCUUCACCUCCCCAAGUUCAAGUCCUCUGGUGUUGCUUCCAUCCAUCUUUCAGAGGCAGCUGCUGCCGGUCCUGCUAAGGCACCAUAAUCAUCUCCAACUUCAUAUUGCUUCUCUACUACCAGGAGCCAGACACUUAGAUCAACACAAACAAAGCACACACGACUCCACACAUUAGGGACCAUGAUGUAGGAUUGAACACCACCAGCCUGCCGCUCUCUCCAGGGCGAAGGUGCGCUCCAGUGGUCACCAACCAGCUACAGGCGGAGGUACAGGCUGUGGCUGUAGGCCAGCCUGCAGUCAUACAGCGUCAGGAGAGUAGAGCUGACUGUGUUGCAUCUGCAGUGGCUGUGUGCUCCUGGGAACUCCAUCUUUUUGUGUUCUUCUCUCAAACAUUUGUGUGAAACUGAACCUUGGGCACUCCUCUCUCUCAUGAGUAGAUGAUUCAUUCUGUUUUUUUUGUCUGAUACUCUGUAUGAGUAAGACUUCUCUUUUCGGGCAGUGGGCAUAGGAUAUAACUGAUUGAUCUACGCAGUGUGAGGCUUUACCCAAAGUAACUCGCACAGGAGGCCACAUACUGUAUAUAUUGUAUAACUGUACUGAGGAAAAGUUACAAGAUCCACCUGUGUCAUUACACUUUAAUAGAUGUAAUGUUGGAGCAAUGUGGGGCCUUUGGUCCCGGUCUCUGAGAAUCACUCUUACUGAUGUACAGAGCUUUUCCUUUGUUUUCUUGUUUAAACAAGAGUCAUGAGCGGAGAAUUGGAUAUUAAUAAAUUAAAUGUAUCUCAAUUCAGUCAUUGUAUUUUAAAUAAAUAAAUCAUCCAUAUGGUUUUAUCUUUA